AAGAUUCGGUUCGUUGUCGUGCUGCACAUCACUAUCCGCUUUCUGCUCUUGUCUAGGCGACCUGAGAACGCGAAGUACAGCUAAGAACGUUUUCAUAUAGUUUUCUAUACAUACACACACACACACACAUAUAUAUAUAUAUAUAGUUUGUAGUAAAAUGGAGCAGAAGGAGACAGAGGUGAAUGAGAAAGGAGUUUCCUCCACAAGCGGAGUUGUUGUGCAAGUUCGGGAGAAGAAGGGAGCUCUGCGCGCGGCCAUCCCCUGCAUGCCCUUCCCUGUAGCUGUCAUCUGUCUGUUCCUCAACACCUUCAUCCCGGGCUUAGGUACAUUUAUCUCGGCCUUUACGGUGCUGUGCGGCGCCAGGACGGAUCUGCCGGACAGACACGUGUGCUGCGUGUUUUGGCUCAACAUCGCUGCUGCCUUCAUCCAGAUCAUCACUGCCGUGGUCAUGGUGGGCUGGAUCAUGAGCAUAUUCUGGGGCAUGGACAUGGUUAUCCUUGCAAGUGAGCAUCAUACUUGCUACUAGAAACACACUGUAGCUCAAACAGUGAGACGCUGCCUUAUGCUAGACCAGAUAUAGAUCUGUGUCUGUAGGUUAACAUGAACUUAAAAGUUUAGAUUUAAACUUUUCUGAUAUUACGUGCUCGAGGUUACGAUGGUUGGUAAGGAUCAAGAAGCAGUGGAACCAGUGUUUCCACUCUUCCAGAGCUACCUCAGUGGCCAGUAGUUCAAUGUUCUCCACAUUGUAGGUAAAUUCUGCUGUUUUGAGUUUUCUGGAGGAGAAGGCACAUGGAUUUAACUUGGGGAGGGAGAGGGGGUGUUAAUGGGUUGCGGUUCCCAUUGUGUUGUGAGAGGGUCAGUCCUGUGCCUCUCUCGGAGACUGCAGCGAACAGCAUGGAAGCACUGGUGAGUCAGUCCCUGUGUGUUUAGAAGGCCACUGAUCUGACUUCAGUCUUUUUUGCUUCCUCUUGAAUCCUGAUAAGACAGUUUUCAUACAGUCUCAUUACACACUUAGCCUUUAGCUGUUAUGGAAUCUCACUGCAUAUCCUGUAUCAGUCAAUAAAAUUUGUUUUACCUGCUGUUCAAUACUUUUUUAGUUGCACAUAUUCUAGAGUAAACGAAUGUUUAAGCCAUGGUUCAGAUCCACUUCUACACCGUAGAUUUGAAAGCAUCUCUGCCAUCUUAAUGUGCAGAUUUGUAGUCCUGUGACCAGUGAUAAUUGUUACUGUAUGACUGUAAAGAUCAGAUAGAAAUCACUGUCAUAACUGCUUUAUGUGAACAACUGAGAGAACAUUUUUCUAUUUUUUUUUCUAAAGUAAUUCCUUCAAACCCACUGUAACCAUUGCUCCUGUUGUCCUUCUGUUUUGCCAGUGUAGUAUUUGACUGCAUAUGUUUGAAAGUCAUUGCUAUAUUUGUAUGCUGUCAAAAAUUAACAGUUAUUUUCCGAUUUAUUUUCCAUGCUACCCUGCCUCAAUCAAAAGUCUCUGAAGGUAGGUUCACUGCAUGGCCUUUGUUCUACUUCCUUAAACACAACAGUUGGAUAAUAUUGCUUUAUAAAUUCCAUAUAAUAUCAAAAUAAGGCACUUGUUAAUUUAUGCUGCACUUACUUUCUUGUUAAAUGGUUCAGUUGGUGCUUUGAGGCAGGUCUGAUUACAGCUCAGCCUGGCCAGCCACUCAACCUACUUUAUCCACACAGACUGUUAGCCGUGUCGCUCUUGUUCUGUUUAUUUCAGACUGCUAGGUAAUGUGCCUCCCACCUCCUUCCAUCUGUCGGCUUUUUACCAGGCCAUUUGAGCUGACUUUUGUCUGCUGAGUGCCAGCUGAGUUAUGUCUAAGCAUUACGUAUUAUAAAAAGAUAAUAGCAAAGUUUCGUAGAGGCAUAUCAUCAUCAUUAUUAUCGUAUCAUUCAUAGGGUUUCAUAUCAUUACUCAUUUUUAAAUCUCAUUUUAAACAACGAGUUUGUACUUAUCGUGAAAUCCUGAAUAGUUAUAUAUUAAAGGUGUGCACCUAUCAGAGAGGGUUAUGUAGAAAUGGCACAAAAAUGGCAUUAGCUUAAAAUAAUGAGACAUAGCAGUGUGAGCCCUCUAGGUGGUCUUCUGAUGUGUCAAAUACAGCACUCAUCCAGGUGACCCUUAAAUCCUAGUCAGGAAUUGCUGCAAGUGGCAGGCCAUUGCAUUCUCUUCUGAUGGUGCAGCAGCAACACAGAUGUUACAAUGUUCAUGGCACAGCAAAACUAAACUGAUUUGAAACAGACCAUUAUGUAGUUUUCGACCUGCUGCACAGUUUGCUAGCGUACGUACUAGUCUGCUAGGCUUUUCUUAUAACUGUGAAUGUAUGUGAAGAUGAAAAGAUUCAGAAAAAUGGCUGUUAAACUUGGCAGCUUAAUGAACAAAUGGCUGUAACAAAGAGCUCUUGUAAAAGUAUGAAGUGCAGACGUUAGCUAAUUCAUUGUUUGGGUGGAAAAAUGUGCAAAACCUUUUUAUAGUAUCCUUCUGACUUCUAGACGUAUGAGUGUUAAUCAUUAUAAGCAUAACUUUUCAUUUGACUUUGUUAGACAACGUGAGCUUCCAAAAUUAGCAAUAUUUAGAAACUUGGGACGCCAGUGUUUGUAUCAGAGCCAACAAUCAUCAGUGGCUUGCCAAGUUCUGCUCGCUCGAAAUUUAUUGCAGUAGUAGUAGGUCAGAGAUCAAGGUCAAUACUGUGGUAUACUGUUGGUAUGCACACGAUCAUCUGCUCCAACCUUCACAUGAUGCACAAGAUCAUCUGCUCCAACCUGCAGUGUUUGGGUCUACACUGGUUUUUGUUAAUUGGAUUUAUUAAUUAAUUCUCAAAUCAAAAACUACUAAACUGCCACUAUUGGACCUUAAACCUGUAUUGCUCCAGAGGACUUCUGUAUACUGGUGUGAUGGUUCAACUUUCAUUCUAACUGGAAUAUGGAAUGAGAUAAUCAAAAAUCAAAAUAAAAAAAAUAGAGAAGUAAUCUCAAAAUGAGAAUCUCUCACUAUGAGCUGAUGUCUCUGGCCUGAAGGUCUUGUGCAAGCUACUCCAGCAUGUCUUCUGUUAUAUAUAGUAUAUGGUUUGUGUGCGUGAUCAUGUGAGAAUGUCUGCUGAGAAUGUCUGCUGGUCUUUUUUUUUUCUUUCUCAUAUGCAAAUGCCGUUUGUCCUUCUCCUCUCAGGCUACAAGGAGCAGACAGCCGCCCAGCAGCUAUGAGCUAUCCUCCUCUUUGGUCCAAAAGAAUAUGCUUCCCCACACCACACUACUUCUGGCCACAUUAGCCAGGAGCAUUGAGGUAGCCUCCACACAAAGAAGGGCUAACAGCCAAGCUAGUCAGAAUUCAAGGCUGAAAAUGUACAUGAUCCCUUAGUACAUAUAUAUAGUGCUCUGUGAUUACUAGCAGAUUCAUGCUAAUGUGCCAACUUUUAGUGUACCAAAAACUUUUUGUGUACCGUAAGUCCAACCCAGUCAGCGCUAUCUUCUCUUUAUCUUCUCUAUCUUCUUUAACCUUACAGUGUAUUUUAUUCAUGAAUUGUAGAGAUUUACAUAAAUAUCAUGUGAAGUGUAAUUAUUUAGACAGCAAUCCCAGAUGGCCCACAUAUCACCGUGGAGCGAUGGCAGUGAACCUAUCCAAUUCAAACAGCUGAAUGCUUAAGGAGCCCAUAUCUCAGGGAUGUUGGGCCACUUUUGGCCUAUAAUUGAAAUGCUGCAUAUGUUUGGUUGGUUGCAUUUGGACCAUUUUUGUGGCUGGUCACACAUGGGUUACUUUUGGCCCCCAGUAUCCCAGCCAUUGCCAGAACUGAUCCUUAUGUGCCUAAACUCAACCAUAUUUGACCUGGAAUCAUCUGCUCUCUGGGUUGUCUGUCAGUCUGGUUUUUAAUUUUUCAGUGAUGCAAGCUUUGAUCUUAGAUAAUGUUUUCAUAGUGAACUGCCCCUGUACACUAUAAAGAGCACUCAGUCCACUUGAUAAAAUGGUGCGUUUAGGUUGUGAUUUAUUUCAAUAACAGGGCAAGAGAGAAGAGGGCAAACUAUUAUUAUAUUUAACGGUGACAUUGAAAAAGGAUCAGCUUGAACAAAAUUGCUCUGAAUUACUUAACAGGGCCUUUUUAAAUUUAACAUUGAUAAAUGGCUGCAGCCUUAGUGACAUCUACAAUAAUAUUGUGCAGAGCAGGUUUUUUUCCCUAAAUAAAUUGUGUAUUUGUUGUGCAUAAUAGCACAAUAAUAUUCCCAUACUUUUCUCGCUUGUUUCAAUUUAAUCUCCUGAGAUUUUCAGAGAAAGAUUUACUGUUGUUUAAGUACUCCCAACCUUCCCAAUAUGUUCUUAUUAAAUAGGUGUGUCAGUGGAUACUGUAUGUGAUGUGUUUACCUAUUUUUAGGUUUUAAAUAAUGACUGCCAUUUGUGUACUGAAUCAUUUAAACAAAUGCAACAGUGAACAAAACUGCCUUUGUCACAUCAAGACAUCAAGACAACCAAUCCUUCAACAGAAUUAAAAUAAAUUAUAUUGAAUAAAAUAAAAUAUAAAUUGUGACAUUUCUGUAUUUUUUUUUAAAUAUGGCAAUGCUUUAUUGUGUUGUAACUAAUAAAUCUUUCCUAAAUCCAUUUGCUGUGUGGGUUUUUUCUUCUGGAUUAAUAUUACAGUGGGAUGAGUGUAGCUGUGCGGGAAUUAAAGCAG